UCCGUCUGUUUCCAUCCUAAAAAAAAAAAAAAAGAAAUUUCCUUUUCUCUCCUUCUCUUUCAGACGGUUCUGCGUUCCCCGCCCAUACCGGAAACCAGCAACCGUUCAGCUCAAACGCCUGUUCGGUGUUAUCCUUCGCGCAUAUAGCCACAGGCGACCUGAGAAUCACACCCGUGCAUAUCCAAACUCCUGCACGUUUGCGUAUUCCGGAACCGGUUUAGGUGACUUGAGAAUCGCACCGGUGCAUAUUCGGGGACUGGUUCAGGUGACCUAAAAAUCGCGACGAGCUGGAAUUAGUGCCCCAGAGCAGAGAAGUUACUGGAGCUAUAUGCCAUGGAAAAAUAGCAGUCUCUCAGAGAAAGCAUUUCCACUCUUUAGGGUCACUUCGAUUGGAAAUUGGCAAUGAAAUAUUUGUAUCCUUUUGCCUCUAGCAGCUGAAGUCACAGGUUAUCUGAAUGCCAAAAUAUUGUAUGGAGCUCUCGAUAAGGAGGACAGUGCAUAUGGAAUGGAAGUAGGGAGUCUUGAGGAAGAAAUGAUGUUGCUUUCUAAUUAUAUGGUACAAAGAAAGUAAAGUUCAUCAGAGAUAUGUGGGACAUGUAUAUUGCUGAAUUGAAUACGAAAUUGAUUCCACGUUGUACCAAUUAUCAAAACUCAUGUUAGACUCAAUGGGAGUGAUAAAAGAAGGGAAGGUGUCCGGUACCCUACCAUGCAAUGAGGUGUUCGCAGUGCACUAUCCAGGGCAUCCAUCAUCAACAUCUCGUGCUAUUGAAACCCUAGGAGGAACUGAAGGAAUUAUGAUGGUCCGCACCUCACAGUCAAACAAACUGGAGCUCCACUUCCGCCCAGAAGACCCAUAUUCUCAUCCUGCUCUUGGGGAGCUUCGUCCCUCACAUAGUUUUCUAUUAAAAAUAUCUAGAAAAAAGUACUUUGACAGUGAAAGUGCCAAAGUUCGCCGCUUUGCAGGACCUACUAACUUGGGAAGUGAGCAACUUGCAUGUGAACCUGAACGGGACUCUGUCACUGGUGAUAAAGAGCUUGAAGCAGAGUUAAGAGAUGAAGAUCAAACGAAGAUAUGUGCUGAUAUUGUUGCUAGAGUUUCUGAGGCUUACUACUUUGAUGGAAUGGCUGACUAUCAGCAUGUUAUCCCUGUUCAUGCUGACAUUGCCCUACGGAAAAAGAGAAGUUGGAUUGAAAUGGAUGAGCCACUUGCUGUUGGAAAAGGUGGGCUUAUAGAUUUGGAUAAGGAAGAUGUCAUGAUGUUGUUGCCUCCAUUCUUUGCACCCAAGGAUGUGCCAGAAAAUUUAGUGUUAAGGCCGCCAGCCACUCUGGGUUCAAAAAGGAAGCAAGAGGGCACUGUACAGAACUUUUAUGAGAUCGAUAUGGGUCCAGGACUUGCCAUUGAUUUUAAUGUUAAGGAGAUCCCUAAGAAAGUAAAUUGGGAGGUAUUUAUAAUCCAAGGCUCAGAGCAAUGGAAGUGGCAAGUGGCUAUCUCUGAGCUUUUCAAUGAGCGACCCAUAUGGUCCAAAGAGGCACUGACUCAACACUUGCUUGAUAGAGGUCUAACAUUUAGCCAUCAUAUGCUAAACAGGCUUAUGCUCAGAGUUGCAUACUACUUUUCAACUGGACCAUUUCGAAGGUUCUGGAUCAGAAAAGGAUAUGAUCCUCGCAAAGAUCCUGAUUCUCGCAUCUAUCAAAGAACCGAAUUUCGAGUACCAAAAGAGUUGCGAAGUUAUUGCGAUGCUAAUUUAUCUAAUGGAUUGAAGCAUAGAUGGGAGGACAUAUGUGCAUUUCGAGUAUUUCCCUACAAAUGUCAAACGCACUUACAGCUAUUUGAGCUUGAUGAUGAUUAUAUUCGGCAAGAGAUAAGAAAGCCUCCAAAGCAGACAACUUGCGAUUUGAAAACAGGAUGGUUCUCAGAAUGCAUGUUGGAUACAUUGAGACUCCGUGUAGCAGUGAGGUUUCUAUCAAUAUAUCCCAAGGACGGUGUAGAAGAGAUACUUAGAUCUACUACUGAAGAAUUUGAAAAAUCAAAUAAGGCAUGCAUUUAUAAAUAUGUCCUAAAACCAUGUCAAGGGGGAAACCAACAGAACAAUAGAGAAAAUGAAGAUAAAGAGAAACCUGAAGGUGUAAAUGAUAUGGGGGACGAGAUUGAGGUAGAUGAGGAUGAAGAGGAAUUAGAUGAAUAUGAAGAACUUGAUUUGGCCGAGGAUUAUGAUGAGAUCUCUCUACCAUCACAUUCAUUUCUAGAUAUGGAGAACAACUCAAGAACAUACUUGCAAGAGCUCUUUGGUAGUUUUCCGGCAAGUGAUGUUGGUGUUGAUAAAAUACUAGAUGCUGACACGGGGGAUGAAGAGUAUCAAAUAUAUGAACAAGAUAGUGAUGACAGUUUCUCCAGUGAUGGUGAUGGUGAUGGAGACAAUGAAAAUGAUGAUGAUGGUGAUAGUUGACAUCUAAAGCAAGUCAAUAUAGAGGUUGAACAAAUGACAGCAUAUUGAGGUAUUCAAUAGAUUAGAAGGGUUAAUAAAUUCAGGAAUAAGUCAUGGUCUGGAAUCCCAUGGCUUGCACAUAGAAGAAGACUACAAAUUUUGUAGCCUAGUUUGAGUAAUCAAAACGACAUUCAGACUAUGCUUCUGCCAGUCAUAAAUUCUUUUGUUCAUUGAACAAUAUAUCUAUUUCAAGAGUAAAUUAUGUA